CCGCCGCUGUGUGUGCUGCCAGCUGCCAGGCUGAACGGCCGCAGUGUGUGCCUGCCCCGUGGGUAAGUGGUGACUUAAAAAUGCAACACUUGGAGCCCUGCAUAACGGCGCCCACCCUGGUCUCCCAGCAGGGUGGGAGGCUGAGGCAGGAGGACCCCAGGGUCGAGCCCAGCCUGGCCAACUUAGCCCCUUAGCCCCUGUAUGGAAAUGCAGCGGGGCUGGCGUGCAGCUCCGUGGCCCUGUGUGGCGGGGCGGAGGGGAGAGGAGCUGGGGGGGGCGGCCUGCGGGGCGCGAGAUUCCCGCCAGGUGCGAGUGGGCGGGGCAGACGAAGCCGAAGCCCAGGGCGCUUCUGUGCCGUCUGCGCGCUGUCCUGCCCGCUGCGCCCCAGCCCUUGGUCUUCUUCAUUCUGAGGUCUCGGGGUCUCGAGGUUGCGGGGCUGGGGUGGAACUGGGACUCCUCCUGCCUCAGCCUCCCAAAGAGCUAGGAUCGGGUGCGGCUUUGCCACGGAGCGCAGGAUUUGGGGGCUGCGCACGCCUUUCCCGCCCGUGGAGACGCGGGGACCCCAGCCAUGUGCGGGGCUCGGGCGUUGGGGACGUGCCCGGGCUGCUCCUGCGCCAGACAGCAGACGGCUGGGAAAAGUGUGAUCGCCAGGGGGCGGGGCCGGAGUGGGGGGUGGGUGUGGUCAGGCCCCGCCCGGUCUGCACCGGGCUGAGCCUGCGGGGGGGAGGGGGGCGCCUCCCCCACCACCACCACGUGACAUGGCCCCACUUGCCGCUCCUUGCGCCGGGCGGGCGCGUCCCGGAGCAGGAGCAGAGCUCGGGCGCCGCCGCCGUAGGGGACACGGGAGGGGACCGGGCCUCCCGCAGCUCGGCACCGCCGCCGCCAUGCGCCCCCUGCGGCCACCUGUGGAGCGCGCGAGGCCCGGGUCCCUGGGCACCCGGCCGGCCCCGCAUGGAGCGCGCUGACGGCCGCCCCGAGAGGCCCCGCGCCCCGAGCCCGGGGAGCCCGGAGCGCGGCCCCCGGAGGCCCCCGCGCGAGGCCACGCGUCUGCACCCGGACCCGGACCUGCGGCGCGAACUGGCCGCGCUGGCCCGCGGCUGCGACUUCGUGCUGCCCUCGCGCUUUAAGAAGAGGCUCAAGGCCUUCCAGCAGGCGCAGGCCCAGGCGGAGGAGCCGCGGCCACGGCCGCCGCGCAGCCCAAGCGUGCCCGCCUUCUACUUCCCCCGCGGCCGGCCCCGGGACGCCACCGACGUGGACGCCGAGAUCGCCAGGGUCGAGGGUGCCUUCGCGCGGCUCCCCCACGAGAGGGCCACGGCCGCGGACAUGGGCCAGGUGGCCAAGGCCUGCGGCUGCCCGCUGUACUGGAAGGGACCGCUGUUCUACGGCGCGGGCGGCGAGCGCACCGGCUCCGUGUCGGUGCACAAGUUCGUGGCCAUGUGGCGGAAGGUCCUGCAGACCUGCUACGACGACGCGGCGCGCUUCGUGCACCUGCUGGCGAGCCCGGGCUGCAGCUACCUGGCGCAGGAGGACUUCGUGCCCUUCCUGCAGGACGUGGUGAACACGCACCCUGGCCUGGCCUUCCUGAAGGAGGCGUCCGAGUUCCACUCGCGCUACAUCACCACGGUCAUCCAGAGGAUCUUCUACACGGUCAACAGGUCCUGGUCCGGCAAGANGGCGUGCCCAUCCGCGCCCCAGCCCGGCCCCGCUGCCCCGCAGAACGUGGCUCUGCUGGAGGAGGAGGCGGACAUCAACCAGCUGCCCGAGUUCUUCUCCUACGAGCACUUCUACGUCAUCUACUGCAAGUUCUGGGAGCUGGACACCGACCACGACCUGCUCAUCGACGCGCAGGACCUGGCGCGGCACAGCGAGCACGCCGUCUCCAGCCGGAUGAUCGAGCGCAUCUUCUCGGGCGCCGUCACGCGAGGCCGGCGCGUGCAGCAGGACGGGCGGCUGAGCUACGCCGACUUCGUGUGGUUCCUCAUCUCCGAGGAGGACAAGACGACGCCCACCAGCAUCGAGUACUGGUUCCGCUGCAUGGACCUGGAUGGGGACGGCGCGCUGUCCAUGUUCGAGCUCGAGUUCUUCUACGCCGAGCAGAGCCGCCGGCUGGACGCCAUGGGCAUCGAGCCGCUGCCCUUCGAGGACUGCGUGUGCCAGGUGCUGGACCUGGUGCGGCCGCGCUGCCCAGGGAGGGUCACGCUGCGGGACCUGAAGCGCUGCGGGGUGGCCGGCGCCUUCUUCGAUACCUUCUUCAACGUGGAGAAGUACCUGGAGCGCGAGCAGCGGGAGCAGGGGGCCCUGCUCAGGGAUGGCGACGGCCAGGGCCCCGAGCUCUCCGACUGGGAGCGGUUCGCCGCCGAGGAGUACGACGUCCUGGUGGCCGAGGAGGCGGCGGGCGACGCGUGGGAGGACGGGUCCGAGGAGGCGGCGCUGAGCCCCGUGGAGGCGGAGCAGAGGCCGCUGUUCGGGGCGGACCGGCUGGGCGCCCUGCGCCUGUGGGAGCUGCCGUGCGCGGAGGCCGAGCUGCAGCCGCUGUGACACUGCCCGCCCUCGCCCUGGCCCGCACCCAUGGUCACGGGGGCGCGGCGGGGACCGCCUGGGCGUGGGCGGGCGGCUCCGACGUUUGU